GGUGAAUAUAUACCACACCCUGCUUUACCUCAUCUUUCAACGAAUCAUUGACUACAUUUUGAUCAAUUGCAAUACUAGAUGAGGAGAGAUGGCUCCAAAGAGGGAGCUACUCAAAGGCCCGGUCUGUCUUCCAGAGCCUCAACUCCGAGCUACAUCAUAUACGCAGAAGCCCGCUUCAAAGGACGAAGUAUCUGUGAGAACAGGCAAAGAACCUGAUAUUCCAGUCAUCGAGUUCUCCUUUCAAACUCCAAAGCCUUUCCUGGACCCGUCGAUUAUACAACGUCGAGUCCAAGCGGAGAAACAAUGGAAGGCCGAACAGGAGAAGAAACAGAAAUCAGAAGCAGGACCCUCUCAAGGAGCGUGAAAUAAAACGGAAACACAACUCACUACCAUAUCACGUGACCGUGUCCUUCCGUCGUCGACCCACGGCAUGGUGGCAGCUCCAAAUCCAAUUAAGUAAAUCGAAUGAGGGACAACUUUAAAUAAGAUCUGGCCCUUCCAAAGU